CCGGGCUGCUCAGCGGUUGCUUGCGCUGCCUGUUGCUUGCUUUUGUGCUGUCUCCUGCCCUAGUCCGGGCUUGUUAACUUCAGACCAGCUGAUCUUAGACGGCGGCCGGGGCUGCCAAGCCCUCCUUUCUGGAGCAAGUAGAUUAAGAAAGCCCCAGCUAAGCUUUCCUCUGCGUUAGCCUUGCUCCGGAGCGGUGGUGGGUGUGGAGGUGAAAAGUUCACGCAAGACCGAGGAGCACUUUUGAAGGCUGUUGCUUGGUAGGAACCCCCUUGUCCGGUCUGCAGCCAUGGCCACCUCAGCGAGCUCCCACCUGAGCAAAGCUAUCAAGCACAUGUACAUGAAGCUGCCCCAGGGGGAGAAGGUCCAGGCCAUGUACAUCUGGAUCGAUGGGACGGGGGAGCACCUCCGCUGCAAAACGCGCACACUGGACCACGAGCCCAAGAGCCUCGAAGAUCUCCCUGAGUGGAAUUUCGAUGGCUCCAGCACCUUCCAGGCUGAAGGCUCCAACAGUGACAUGUACCUGCGACCUGCUGCCAUGUUUCGGGACCCUUUUCGCAAGGAUCCCAAUAAACUAGUUCUGUGUGAGGUCUUCAAAUACAACCGCCAGUCUGCAGAGACAAAUCUCCGACACACCUGCCGGCGGAUUAUGGAUAUGGUGUCCAACCAGCACCCCUGGUUUGGGAUGGAGCAAGAGUACACACUUCUGGGGACAGAUGGACAUCCGUUUGGCUGGCCUUCCAACGGCUUCCCUGGCCCCCAAGGUCCGUACUACUGCGGGGUAGGGGCAGACAAAGCCUACGGCAGAGACAUUGUGGAGGCCCACUACCGAGCGUGCCUUUAUGCUGGUGUGAAAAUUGGAGGAACCAAUGCAGAAGUGAUGCCAGCCCAGUGGGAAUUCCAGGUGGGACCGUGUGAAGGGAUUGAGAUGGGGGAUCACCUCUGGAUUGCACGCUUCAUCCUCCAUCGGGUGUGUGAAGACUUUGGUGUCAUUGUGUCCUUCGAUCCCAAACCCAUCCCUGGGAACUGGAACGGUGCUGGCUGUCACACCAACUUCAGCACCAAGAACAUGAGGGAAGAUGGAGGUCUCAAGCACAUUGAAGAGGCCAUCGAGAAGCUGAGCAAGCGUCACCAGUACCACAUCCGUGCCUACGACCCCAAAGGGGGGCUGGACAAUGCCAGGCGCCUGACGGGUUUUCAUGAGACAUCCAACAUCCAUGAGUUCUCUGCUGGUGUUGCCAACCGUGGUGCCAGCAUCCGCAUCCCCAGGAACGUGGGCCACGAGAAGAAGGGCUACUUCGAGGACCGCCGGCCCUCCGCCAACUGUGAUCCUUACGCUGUGACAGAGGCCCUUGUCCGCACGUGUCUCCUCAACGAAACUGGAGACGAGCCUUUUGAGUACAAGAACUAAGCGGACUGUGCCCACAAACACCGCCUUCCCCCCACACUUCCCACACCCCUAAACUUCCCUUCUAGAUGUAAUCCCGAGGGUACAAGAUAACAUGUUUUGUGUCUCAGUAA